AUGAUGAGUUCGGAUGUCAGAAAGAGGAAAGCCGAUUCGGAGCAUCAAGCAGAGCAGGGGAACAAACGGGUUAAAGGGAAAAGGCAAUGGAACAUGCCACGCAGAGAUGCAGCAGAGGCUCGUGGGAUUCAGCCUGGUGAUGUGGGGAUCUGGGCAACCUGCUCGAUGAAGAAGGAAGGGAAAUCGGUGGCUGAGCUGCGGGACCUUUUCCAAGAAUAUGCUGCACGACUAUAUGGUGUGAGCCAGACCACUGGUAAAGCUGACGAUGACGACUCGGAAGGUGAUGGUGCGGACAUCGAAGCAGCAAUCAAGAAAGAGCUUGACGAUAUGCGUAAACCCGCUGGGGAUCCGCUAUUCACGUCCGUCAAGCUGGAUACGCAAUGCUUGUUGUUUUUCAAGACGAAGGAUCCCAUCGAUCCCGUUUCGUUUGUUCAGAAGAUUUGUCAGGAUGCCGCAGAUGGUGUUGAGCAGAGGCGGUGCCGUUUUGUCAAGAGGCUCACCCCCAUUACCGGCAUAGGGAAGGCCACCGAGAGAGGGCUCGACGAAGUCGCUAAAUCAGUACUAGCACCACACUUCCAUGGCCCUGGCAACUCAGGCAAGAAAUUCGCGAUCCGCACAUCUAUUAGGAACAACAAAGAGUUCACGAGAGACAACGUCAUCAAAACCGUAGCUGCUGCAGUCGGCCCGGGUCACAAAGUGGACCUGUCAGGAUACGACCUGCUGAUUCUUGUCGAAAUUUACAAGAAUAUUAUUGGCAUGAGUGUGGUCGGUCCAGAGUUCGAGAAGCUAAAACGCUUUAACCUUGCAGAGCUCCACGAUGCAGCCGGAGAGGAGAAUGCACCCAAGUUGGGCUGA